AUGAGCUCUGGGAGCUCAUUGUCCAAGCCUCCUCUUGCGGCCAAAGACGCUGCCGCGUUUAAGUCGCUGCUGAUGCUCUUUGAAAACAAGCUAUACAAAAAGGCUCUGAAACAAGCCGAACAAAUCCUGCAGACACUUGCUGUAAAGGGGCUGGUGUUGGCGCACCUUGCAAUGGACUCCACAUCCUCCACAGACAAAGAUUCUUCUGCAGCCAAAAAUGAAGCCGCGGCCAGGGUUACACCAGAGGUGGACCCGCUGGAGUUGAUCAAGGCCGGAGUAAGACUUGAUACAACAUCGUUCAUAUGUUGGCAGGUGCUCGGUCUUUAUCAUCGUCUGAAACGGAAUUUUGCCGAAACUUUACGCUGCUACAAAACUGCUCUUCGUUUCGAACCACAUCAACCUACCAUUUUAAGGGACUCUGCGCUUCUCCAAGCGCACGAGCGUCAGUUUGCAGCUCUUGUUGAGUCACGUAACAUGCUUUUGAGGAUCAACGCCAGUGAGGGUGGCGCUGCAAAUGCUGGCCAAAUGUGGCGUGCGCUUUCCAUCGCCUAUGCUAUGGCCGGCCAGCCGGAGGCCGCCUUGCGCGCACUUGAGGCCUCCUUCGCUACAAAGGAACAGCAGCAAGACACUCACUGUGCCCCGGGGACGCGUUCAGAGUUGAUGCGGUUUAAAUGGAAGCUAGAGGCUCUCGCUGGCCACCCUACUACGGCCAGGGUCACUGAUAAUGUAAACAUUGAGGACGCCCCCAUUGCAGACGCGGACUUACAGGACGAGGCUGUUGCGCUAUAUAGCCCGGAUGAAACCCUCCGAGCAUUGGCUUGUUCACGGCGCCUUGAGCGCAAUCCAGAUUUGCCCGUCAGUUCGGCCUUGGUCGAGCACCAGAAUGCUGUUGUGGGGCACACUUCAGAUGCAUUGGCACUCGGUCGAAAACUAGAGGUUGCCGUCAAGACUGGCAACAUCGAAUCUUUUGGUCUUGUUUUCACUUCACUGUUGAAUGAGGGUUUACUGGAGAGAGCCCCCAUUUCUCUAUUCAAGCUGGUGACCAUCGCGGCGUUUGAUCAGAAACCUUCGCACAUCGAUGUGCGGACCAUACACCAAACCAUCUCGAAUCUGCUUUCCGAACGCCAGUCAUCACUUGCUACUGUGAUUUUUCAAGCGCUACUACUGGACGCCAUCGGAAACAGCAUUGAAGCUCUCGGUCUGAUUUCUAGCGCAAUUGGCCCCCACCACCCCAAAGGCGUCGUUGCCGAGGGCGAUACCCAAGUUUCUGUCGACAAUGACACCGUGAACGCUAUUGCCCCGGCUACGGAAAACAUUCAUUUGCUUGUAGAUGCCUUCACACACCUGGGACUGUAUCGUGCAGCAGCAGAUGAUGCUAUCGCGGCUUCAAAGCUUGCUUGUGGCGAUCGUUCGCUCACGAUAUUUGCAAUUCGGCAUUUGCUUCGUGCAGACAAAGUCUCCGAGGUGGAGCAUAUCCAUCUUCCAAUUCUUUUCAAGAAGCCUAUGGAAGAAAUCCGCGAACUUCAAGUGGCAUGGUAUCUCGUUCGUGCAGGCGAGGCAUUUUGGCGCUUGGGACGCACCGAUGAGGCUGUCGAGGCAUGGUCCUUUGUCGCAUUGUCCUUCCUUGGCACUUCGCUUGCUGAUGAUGUUUUUGAUUUUCAUGGCUAUGCGCUUCGCCGAUGCGCCCUUGUGGGGUACAUGGAAUUGCUCACGGCAACGCCGCCUUCCAAAGCCCCUAUACUCCACAAACAUCCCACCUGGCAGCGUGCAGCAUGCAACCUGCUGCAUGCUGCAAUUGUGUCCACUAACAAAGACUCCACUGGAGAUGCCAUAAUUGAUGGAGCAUCAUCCCGUUCAAGCUCUUUCCCCAGUUGUCAAACGAGCAGCUCAAAAACGACAACAAACGGCUCCGUCGUUGCAGACCAAAUAGCAAAGCUCGUUCAAGAGCUCGCUCAUUUUGAGCACGAGGCGUYCCCGUCGAUACCGCCAAAAUUGGCUCUACGCCGCCGGAUUCUUCUUUGGCUAUACGAGGAUAAUGGACAUCGCAUCCUGCCGUUUUUGCGCACGGAACGCUUCCCUAAAAAACUCGCCACGCGCGUUGAACCCUUAAUUUCUGAGCUACAAAAGCAUGGUUGCGGCACGGGGCUCCUGCCCCUCAUAUUUACACUUGUCUAA